AUGUCGUUAACAAAUUGCCGCUUCUACGAGGAGAAGUACCCGGAGGUCGAUAGCUAUGUCAUGGUCAAUGUCAAGCAGAUCGCCGAAAUGGGCGCGUACGUCAAGCUCCUCGAAUACGACAACAUCGACGGAAUGAUCCUGCUCUCCGAACUGUCGCGAAGACGUAUUCGUAGUAUCCAGAAGCUCAUCCGUAUCGGACGCAACGAGGUUGUGAUCGUGCUUCGUGUCGACAAGGAAAAAGGUUAUAUCGAUCUGUCCAAGCGGCGAGUCUCCCCUGAGGAUGUGGUCAAGUGUGAAGAGAGAUACAACAAGAGCAAGGCGGUGCACUCCAUCAUGCGCCACGUCGCAGAGGCCACCCAGACCCCUCUGGAGACGCUAUACCAGACGAUCGCAUGGCCCUUGAACCGCAAAUACGGCCAUUCGCACGAUGCUUUCAAGAUCUCUAUCACUAACCCCGACGUCUGGAACGAGAUCGAAUUCCCCAGCGAGGCUGUGAAGAAGGAACUCACGAACUACAUCGGCAAGAGACUGACGCCUCACCCCACCAAGGUCCGUGCGGAUAUCGAGGUUACCUGCUUCGGCUACGAGGGCAUCGACGCUGUGAAGACCGCCCUGCGCACCGCCGAGGAGAGCAACACCGUCGACAACCAGAUCAAGGUGAAGCUGGUCGCUCCUCCCUUGUACGUCCUGACGAGCCAGUGCCUGGAUAAGGCCGUUGGUAUCAAGACUCUCGAAGAGGCCAUUCAGCGGAUCGAGGCCAAGAUCAAGGAGUCCGGCGGUGGAUGUAUCGUCAAGAUGGCUCCCAAGGCCGUCACUGAGCACGAUGAUGCUGCGCUCCAGGAGCUUAUGGAGAAGCGUGAGCGUGAGAACAUGGAAGUCAGCGGUGAUGAGAGCUUGUCUGAGAGCGACGAGGGUGUCCCUGAGUAA